CUUGCUUCUCUACCGUCGCCUCUCAGCAUGUUUAGACAAUUGACGCCCCAUAUUGCUGGUGCUGCUCGUGCUAGUGCCAGACGUCAAUGGCGUAGCACGAAGAAGAUAGUGGUCUUGCCCACUGUUAAGACCAUUGCAUUGUGUGCAUCAGCGAUUGCCACUCAACGUCUCUUAUAUUCAACUACUUCUACCGCAGCUGAGGAGGUUGUCACUGGGAAGGAAGAAGUACACGAGUUUAAAACAGAAACGAAACGACUCUUAAACAUUGUGGCCAACUCUUUGUAUUCUGAAAAGGAGAUUUUCGUUCGCGAACUUAUUUCCAAUGCAGCUGAUGCUUUGGAAAAGCUUCGUCAUUCUCAAGCACUUGACACAAGUUUGGACAGCGGCAAACCAUUGGAAAUCCGCAUUUCGGUGGACAAGGAAAAGAAGCACUUUGUCAUCCAGGAUUAUGGUAUUGGUAUGACCUUGGAUGAAAUCAAUGAAAAUCUGGGUACCAUUGCUCGCUCUGGCUCUAAGAGCUUCUUGGAAAAGAUCGAAAAGGAAGGAUCGGCUGGUGCAAAGGAUAACAUCAUUGGUCAAUUUGGUGUUGGCUUUUACUCGACGUUCAUGGUCGGUGAGAAAAUCACCGUGUAUACACGUUCAGCAAAGCCUGGAUCCAAGGGUUAUUGUUGGUCAACUGACGGCCAGGGCUCGUACACUGUAGCCGAGGCUGACAAUGUUGCCGUUGGCACCAAGAUUGUCAUUGACCUUCGCGACGACUGCAAGUCUUUUGGCUCAUAUCUGGAGGUGGAUGCUAUCAUUAAGAAAUACUCAAACUUUGUGGGCUUCCCUAUUUUCCUCAACGACAAGGAAGUCAACACAGUCGAGCCACUGUGGACCAAGGAAAAGAACAGUGUUACGGCCGACCAGCAUCGCGAGUUUUACCGAUUCAUCGCCAACGCUUGGGACGACCCACAAUAUACCUUGCAUUUCAAGACCGACGCACCCAUCUCCAUUCAAUCCGUCCUCUACGUCCCCGAAAAGCACAUGGAGUCGCUUGGCGAACGUACAGAACCAGGCGUGUCCUUGUACUCGCGUAAAGUUUUGAUUCAACCCAAAUCCAAAGGCCUUCUUCCCGACUGGCUUCGAUUCGUCAAGGGUGUCGUUGACUCGGAAGAUAUUCCACUGAACGUCUCGCGCGAACUGCUCCAAAACAACAUCUUGUCGCGUCUGCGCAUCGUCAUGACCUCGCGUGCGUUGCGCUGGUUGGAAGGCGAAUCCAAGCGUGAUCCUGCCAAAUACAACGAGUUUUUCCUCGAUUUUGGCCAGUUUAUUAAGGAAGGUGUGUGCACGGAUGCCAUGCACAAAAAGGAGAUAGCCAAAUUGCUGCGCUUCGAGACCUCCCUAACCAAAUCCGGUGAAAUGAUUAGCUUGCAAGACUAUGCUGAUCGUAAAAAGGAAGAUCAGAAACGCAUCUAUUACCUCUUGACACCCAAGCGUCGCUACGCCGAGGAAAGUCCUUAUACCGAAAUGUUCAAAAAGAAGGGCGUCGAGUUGCUUUACCUUUACGAGACUGUGGAUGAGUUUGUCGUCAACCAUUUGCGUGAAUUCCAGGGCAUUGACCUUAUCUCAGCUGACUCGCCUGAAGCUGCUACGGACCCUCUUUUGCAACAAGAAUCGGACAAUAGUACCGGCACAGCAUUGUCGGAAGCAGAAGCCAAGGAUUUGGCCAAAUGGGUUGAGGUGACCCUCGGUCCAGACGUCGUAAAACAGGUCGAUGUUUCCCGGCGACUUGAUAAAUUCCCAGCUAUUGUGUUGGAACACGAAAGUCCAGCGAUGAGAAAAAUGAUGCAGAUGAUGGAAGGUUCCGCUCGGAUGGAUGAGCUUCCUCCUAUGCCGGCGCGUCUCGAAAUUAAUCCAGACCACGGAGUUAUGCGGGGCCUUUUUCAAAUCCGUAAUCAGGAUCCUGCUUUGGCCAAGAUGGUCGCAGAACAGGUCUAUGAUAAUGCGUUGUGCGCGGCCGGUGUUUUAGAUGAUCCGCGUUCGAUGAUUUCGCGUUUGAACACGCUUUUGGAGAUUAGUGUAAAUAAGUCAAUCGAGCAGGAUAAGAAGGUGCCAUCGGCAUAAAAUUUGUAUAGACAAAAAGAACAGUAGAAAGUAAAUAGAUCUGCGUGAGUUUUUUAUAUAUAAAUAUAAUAUAUGUAUUACUCGAGUAACUAGAGAUUUUACUGACGACAGUACAUACUCUACUCGAAUUACCCAUCGUCACAAAAAAAAAGACCCGUUACUGCUGCUUUGCUUUGUUUCUUUGCUUGCUGUUGUCAAAACACACUAUUUCUUCGUUGACGGAUAAAUAAUUAUUCUUCCGAGUAAAUCUUGCCAUUUCUUUUGCUCUUUUUUCAUCCUUUUCUUCGUGUUCUUCAAGCCAGUCUAUUGCUGCUG